ACCAUCCCGUCGUGCAGACAGGUUCGAUAGGUCCAUGUCACCAAGCCAAGAUCCACGAAGGCUCUCGCGCUCUCGUUCGCCUUCUCGAACUCCACCGCGUUACCGACGCCGCAAUGCUAGGUCUCGAUCAAGCGAACGGUCUGUAACCCCAUCAUCUGAGCGACUGAGGGAGAGGAGACGUAGACGUUCCUAUUCUUCUGAAGACGAAACAAGUGACUCAAGGGCUGAUGUUCAAUUGAAGCGAAAGCGGUCACCGAGUUCAAGCCGGUCAAGGUCGCGGAGUAGAUCCGCGCGCGGACGCCGCAGGCUCUCGCGCUCACCUACAGGGUCAACACCAGGGAGGCGAUCCUCAGAAGAAUAGGUUCGUAUAUGGAAACCCUUCACCCCCCUCAUUUUCAAAUAUUACUGCGGUUACUACUUUCUUAGUUCUGAGCUGCCGAAAGCCAUGUCGUGGAGGUACUAGUCGGCGAAUUAUCGCAGACCCAAUCCACCGCCCGCGAUCAGACCUGGACCCCGACUCAACCACCCUCUGGAAAACAGACUCAGUCAAAGCCAUCGACUCAUGCUUGGCUACCGGACGUUCGAUCUGCCUUAAUUGGUUUCUCUUACGGGAAUUCGAAUCGGUGCCGGACUUUAAGUGGAUGAUGAAUAUAUGGCAGAGCAUAGGACUGCAUGCGUCAAGGCCAAUGUAUAGUAGACUCUUCUGCCAAGAUAAUCAUAUGGCAAUACGCCAACCACUUCUAUCUUCCCUGCUUGCUUCUUUCAUAUUCUGCUCCGCGAACACCGCAUACUCGAUAAGAUUGGGGGCAUGGAGCUAACCAAUC